AUGGAGGAAGUCUUAACCAUAAAGAACUUGCAAAUCGCAAAGCAUCUAUUUUUGGCACCGGUAAAGCUACAUUGCAGUAUGCUUGCAGAAGACGCCAUCAAAGCAGCAGUAAAGGACUAUCAGAAGAAGCAAGCCGAGGUUAAGGGAGAAACCUUUGAAGCCUGA